GCCCAGAAGAAAUGCGAGCCAUGUUUGGAAAGUAUGGACCCAUCACAGAUGUCUACGUUCCUUUGGACUAUUAUACCAGACGUCCUCGUGGAUUUGCCUAUGUGCAAUAUCCUUAUUAUCCAUGAAGAGUUCUGGUUAUCAGACUAGUUGAAUAUAUGCCCUCUUUGGUGGCACUCUUUUUAUUACAGGAGUAGCAUUAUUUUUUUUUUAUAUAACUUGUUGGUAUUUUCAUUUGGCUGAACAUGUGAAAAAAAAUUUCACACACAUUUUCUUGGGAAGUUAAAAUUAUUCAGUUGUUUUGCUAAUAUUUGAACAGUCAAGACUUCGAAAAAUAAAAAAAUUGGUUCAUUUGCAAGGGUUAUUAAAGUGAACUGCUUUCGUUGGUUAGUUCAUAUGAGGUCUUGGUGUCACUGAAACCGUUAUCAGUAAUUUUAUUAUUACUGAUGCCUUUUCUUUUUUUAUUGUCAGAAUGCCAAGUGGUUUGAAAGUUAAAGCACAAGGCAAGCGAUUCCAUUGUUUAAUACUGGUUCAAUCAAGCCCACAAGACCAAGGUCUUUGCAAACAAGAUCAAAGUCUUUGCCUAUGGUCAAGUAGUUAUAUGGUCGGGAUCAAGGGAAGGGAAUAGUCUUAAAAGUAAAGAAUUAAAGCAAGCAAGAUUGCAUAGUAACAAGCAAGUAAACAAGAUACAGUGUUAACAAGUGGUAGGCAGUAACAGAUUGGAAGCUUUCAAGCAAGACAAGCAAGGCAUCUGUUUCAUCUAAUAUCCUAAGGCUUUGUGAGUAAAUAUGUUGUUUCACAGAAGCAGUCUAGUCAGAUAUAAGGCAAAAAAAAAAAAAAAAGGAAAAUGCAAUAAUCAUAAUGCAAAUUUGCAAGCUUUUAUAGUUUAAUUAGACUGUUUGUAUGGGAUUAGAUCGCAGGGUCAGUUGAGCAUUAAACUUUCAAGCAAAACAAGCAAGGCAUCUGUUUCAUCUAAUAUCCUAAGGCUUUGUGAGUAAAAAUGUUGUUUCAAAAAAGCAGUCUAGUCAAAUAAAAGGCAAAAAAAAAAAAAAAAGGAAAAUGCAAUAAUCAUAAUGCAAAUUUGCAAGCUUUUAUAGUUUAAUUAGACUGUUUGUAUGGGAUUAGAUCGCAGGGUCAGUUGAGCAUAUAUACAUAGUUUUUUUUCGUUUUUUUUUUCAUUGUCCUGUUUUAUGGUAUUAACUUUUAAUAAACUCAAUUUGUCCUUGAAUCUAUCAGGCUUUUCAACAUAAAGCUAUGAUGUUGGAUUGUCAUUGCAUUCAAUUAGCAGUUCUCGCUUCAGUUCAGGGUUUUGGUUUUGCAUGCUUACCUCUUAAAAAUUUGAAGUGUCAUUCUAAACUGCAGAUUGCAUCAGUCCCAGCUUUUUAUGGAAAUUAUAUAGUUAUGGAAUAGUCAGAUUAAUUUUCUAGUUUUGGUCACUGUUUUACAUGUUAUGCCAAACGCAAACUCAUAUACUCAUUAGGCUUUGGGCGUGGUUUUGAUUGACUGGCUAAACAUUGUUUAUUUUUUUGUUUUAUUACUUGCAUUUUUGGGGUUUGGGAGGGUUGUGUAUAAUCCUUAACUAGCACACAUUUGAAGAUCCUCGGGAUGCUGAUGAUGCACUGUACCAUCUGGACAGGACACGAUUUUAUGGAAGAGAGUUGGAGAUUGAGUUUGCAAGAGGUGAUAGGAAAUGUACGUAUUUUAUAAUUGAUUUAAGUCUUUUUUUUUUUUUUCUGUUAUGGUAGUCAAUGUUUUAAGUAAAUUUACUGAUAUUAACGUAAGGAUUUUUAGUAAUGAGAUUUUUAAAUAAACGCUGUUUAAAUGAAUAGUGCCUUAGCAGUAUAGAUGAAUUUGAUGCAGAAAUAGAUACCGUAAUAGAAAUGAAAAGCAUUUUAUUCAAGAGUUCAAUAUCUGGAUGUCCAGCUAGAUGGGCAUGACAAUGAUAGUUCUGACUGGGCUGAACAAUUAUUUGACUUUGAAAAAUGUGUAGCUGGAGCAUAUGAUUACUUUGAUUUAAUCAUCCCUGAGACGUGCUAUGAAGUAUUGGCAUUGCAGACUAAUAUGCAUAUAGAACAAAGACAUACUAUCACUGUUGAAAGACAUCAUGCUAGAUUACAUACAAAAAUAAACAAUGGUGCAAAUUGUUCAAAUGACAAGCAAAAGAUGGCAACUGAAUUAUUUUGAAUGUGAUUUUUAUUCAUCAUAAACAUUUAGCAUUUGUUAAAAUUUUAUACUGGUAUCACAUAAAUAAUUAAAAGUGUUUUGAUUAAUAGUUUAAAAGAAUGGAGAUAUUUCCCUUUUCCUAGUGCGGUACCGUACUUAAUUCCUAUUCUACUGAAAGAGCUAAUAACAAAAGAUAUUAAAAACAUUUAGAAUUCUACACAUAUCUAGUAUCUAGCUUUUGAGAAAAGUAAAUUUUUAGCCAAGCUCUAUGGCAGGCCUGCACAACAUACUUUGCGGCCUGUGAAGUAACGAAAUAUUCUUUAUUAUUAUUAUUAUUAUUAUUCUUAAACCCCCCCCCCCCCCCCCCUAUAUAAUCUUUCGGCCCCAAGUUUUUGAUAAAGUAUUACAGCCCGCCUUACAUUUUGAGUUGUGCAGGCUUGCUGUGGGAGUUAUUUUGCUAGUUGCCUGGAUGAACUAACGGAAUAGACGUGCUGCAGUUUAAGCUAAAGGGGGUAUUGGCUUCUAAAUUGGUUAAAAUUGUUGUGUAGGAUACUUUGCAUAAAGUUCUGGCAAAGUGUCUUUUUGAUUUCCAUUUUGAUAAGUUUCAGUCCGCAGCUCUUUUUUUUUUAAAAUGUAAUCUCUCAGAAUAAAUCUUUGUUUUCCUAUAAAUAUGAUUUCAAAAUAAUCCUCAUUUUGGUAUUUUUCAGCACCUGGUCAAAUGAGAGGUAAAGAAAGGAGCUCACGGCGAUCUCCUUAUUCAAGAUAUGAUGAUUAUGAUCGCAGACGCAAUCGUUCAAGGAGUCGCAGUCCACGGUAAGAUAAUUUUGCGAUUUUUUUUACUCAUAGCCCCUUUAGAUACAUUGUCCAUUAAUGUUUUGAGUACUUGCUAUCUAUUUUUUCAGGUGUGCUAGCCGAUGACCACUAAUGUUAGUGCUUGUUUCAGUUUCAGAACUAAGAUGACAAAUCUGGUAAAUUUAUUUGCAUUAAAAUUGUUUCAGGUACAGAUCUUAUUCGAGAAGCCCAUAUUCCAGUAGGUGAGUGUAAAGGAGUGGAUAAUCUUUCUGCCAAGUUCUCAUUCUUGCUGAUUUUAUCCGAUUGUUGGCAGCACCAACUGUGUCCAUUAUAUUUUACUGUGUUCCCAUGUCAUUUUGAUGAAGGUUAUGUUUAAACUUUUAUCGUCUUGUUAUAUGCUUUAAUUUGUACAUUUUGUUGGGGUGUUAUUUUUACAAUUUUCUAGUUAUAUUCUUGUGUUUUCAGUAAUGCUAAGGCAUUUAAUUAUGAUUCAGAUGUUAAGCAUUUUGACAAACUAUUAUUACAUAAUUUUUAUAUUUUUUCAUAACAAUUUCAGAAACCGUUCACAUUCAAGAAGUCCAUACAAAAGUAGCAGGUGAGUAUGUGGCAUAAGAAUUAGGGUUAUUAUUGAUUUUAGUAAUGCAGAUAAUAGUUUUAUUGCCCAUUCAUUUAUAAGCCAAGUUUUUGCGGUAAAAGCCUGAAAAGUUGAUGUCAGCAAUACAGUACUCGCCAAUGUCUAUCUAGGAUGAUAUUAUGUUCGUGUUAAAACAACUUUAUCUUUGUUUUUAUUCUAUGUAGUUAAAAUGGCAUCAAUUAAAAAAUGUUGGAAAAAAGUGUAACACCUGACAUUUUAAAAUAUCAUUUAGUUAACCCUUUACAGUCUGAUGCGCCCAUUUAUUCCAUAAGCCUACAGCCCAUUGCGGCAAAACCCGCCCGUUUCGAGGUUGUUUACUUUCGUUCUUAGCAUAGCGGAAAUCCAUUGCGCUUUACUAUUUAUAGUUCUACCGGAAGAAAGCCUUGUUUUUGGCAUUUUUUUAAUAAUAGUUUGAAUGUGGUGGGGUUAGGGGCUCAUUUUCUACGAUAUUUUGAAAAGAUGUUUUUUUUUUUCCACUUUAAAUGGCUUUCCAGGCAAUCGAUAAAAUUUUGAAAAAGCUUAGGCCUAAUAAAGCUUCAUUAUUUCAUGAUUUUAGCAGUGAUUAUGAAGAAUUGGAUAGAGACAUUAAUUUAAAUGACACUACUAGUGAUUUUGAUUCAAGUGGAUAAGAUAAUAGUAGUGAAAUCGAUGAAAAUGGACCUAUAAUCAAUUCCACUACAAUUACAAAUAAUCACAAAGAUCAGGAAUGGUCUGCGAAUUUUUCAAGCAUCCAACUGUUCCCAUUCAUAGAGCAAUCGGGCCCUAAGCAUAAUUUGCCUGAGGAUGCAGUUGCAUAUGAUUUGUAUAGAAAGACCUGUUGAAAGUCAAAUUUCUAAUUGGUAUUUUCUCAUUUGUAAUCUAAAAAAUUAAAAUUCUUUUUUUUUUUUUGUCAAGAUGUAACUUUUCUAUACCCAGUUUGCUCCAGUGAGAUCAAGAAGUUUUUUUAUAUAAAUAUGUUUGGGAUCCAUGACAAGCCUGAAGUUGACUCAUACUGGUCUCUAGACCAAAGACUUAAAGUUCUAGCCGUAGCUGACAUUAUGGGUAAAAACCGAUAUAAGAAAAUAAGUCAAUAUUUGCAUCUAAAUGAUAACAAAGCUAUUGCUAAGGGGCAGCCAGGCUAUGAUCCUCUAUUUAAAAUUAGACCCCUUCUGGACAUUAUAACAAAAAACGGUCAGGAAAAAUUAUUACCCAGGAAAGGAACUGAGCAUUGAUGAGGCUAUGAUAAGCUUCAAUGGGAGAUUGUUUUCAAACAAUGCAUAAAAGCCAAACCAACUCCAUGGGGCAUCAAAGUUUGGUGCAUUGCUGACCCCCGCAAUGGGUAUAUGUGUAAUUUUAAAUUUAACACCGGCAAAGUAAAUGACCCAAUGGCAUAGGCCACCACGUCUUCUUUACUGUGGGAGGACCAUAUUUAGAAAAGGGUCACCAUUUUUACUUUGACAAUUACUUUUCAAGUGUCAAACUUGCCGAGGAUUUGCUGACUGAACGCUCAUUCUUGUGCAACAAUAUGCACCAACGGGGAGGGGUGACCACUACGCGCAGAAAAGAUGAAAGGUGGGGAUGUAUGCUGUUUGCAGAGAGGCAGGCUACUGGCAACGACUUAGUGUGACAAGUGUCCAUUUUGUGCACAAAUACACAGAGUGGUGUCGAAACAGUGAGUAGGAGAACUAAGGAAAGGUACAGAGAUGUUGCUAUUCCUCACCCUAUCCUCACCUACAACAGGCAUAUGGGUGGUGUGGAUUUGGCUAACCAGUACAGAUCCUACUACCUUGUAAUCCAAAAAAUUGUGGAGGUAUGGUCUUUGGUUUCUAAUAUAAGUAGGAAUUAUUAACACCUUCACUAUUAUGAAGGAGACCAUGAAACCCUCCACUCCCAAAAUAAAAGGAAAUAAUCCAGCCUCCAAUCAUCUCCAGUUCUGCCUAGACUUACUAUCAGUAUUGGUAGGCUCUUUAGCUCAUCAGCAGCUAAGGAGAAACACUGACAUAGUUUCUGUUGCAGCAAUAGCGCAGCCAUCGUCCUCUAAGCAUGAGACUUUCUGGAGAAAAAAGUUGUGCCACUUCUGCAGCAAGACCAGUAAAAAAAGCAACAGUAGGAGGGCCCCCAGAAACUGCUAUUUUUGCAAAUUUCAUCUGUGCAAGGGUGCCUGCUUUGCAGAGUUUCACCAGAGACUGGAAAAUAGAAUAUAAUUUGAUUGACAGAGGACAACAUGCAGAAUAUUAUUUUUUCCUGGAUUUUUUAAUAACAAAACUGUUUUGAUUUCACCUUGUCAAUUUCACCAACAAUAUAGUAUGUCCAUUUAUCUGUAUUUAGGUAUUUUUAAUUUAAUUUUAUUGCUUUUAGUUUAUUUUCUGUAAAUUAAUUAGAUAAAGAACCUUGAUUUAAAAUAGUUAUGUCCCUUUGCUUGGUCGCAGGGAGUAGAAAAGCUUGGACUGUAAAGGGCUAAAAGCAGUUGUUUAUUACUAUUUAAAGCUUCUAGUAAUGUAUUUGAAUCUUAGAGUGGAGUCUACCGUAGACUGGUCCUCAGUGAUUAUAACAUUUACUCCAUUCCAUCUGUGCUUAUCGUUUCAGCGUUUUAAAUGGUUUUUUAAAAGUUUUCUUUCGAGUGUUAUGUGUUUAAUCAGAGUUGACUGACAAUCUUGUGUUUUUAAUCAUUCGUCUAAUGGUAAAGACUUCAAACUUAUUCUUAUUAGUCUUUAGUGUGAUGUUAGCUAACAUUAGUGUGGUAAGAUUAAUUUGAGUUCAAGAGUGUACGUUAACAUUUUUUAAUAUACUAUACAUGCUUUAAGUGGCUACAUACACAUGUUGUUAUUGUGGAAUCAUAGUUUUAUUAGUUUAAGUUGAUAAUUACAUGUUUUGAAAAAGAUUUUGAGUGUCUUCAGUAUACUCUCUACAGCUUGUAUACUAGGCUAUAUACGAGUACGGGUACUUAAAUCUCCAUGUUUUCACCCAUUUUGCUGUCCAUAAAGUUUUCAGCCGGCUUUUUCAGAAUCAGAAUAUGAUAGAGAUAUAUAUGCUUUCUAUAUGUCAAAUGAAAUAUCAAUAUGGUGGUAAAAAUAUUCCAAUUUCUUGAAUAAACGCUGAGCCACAAACGUUCAAGAUCAAAACUGAUGUUUUUUAUUUAAAAAAUUGUUUAAAAUAAAAUUUUCAAGCACAUGUUAAAACAAAAAAGCAGUUGCAAGAUAAAGACUUCAACCCUAUUCUUAUUAAAAUUUUAUGCUUGUAACAGUGCUAGAAGUUUGUUAAUUAUUUAAACACAUUUUUUUCUUCAAUUUGGACUACCUAAUUACAUUGAUUGUUGAAGCUAAUCUAAGGUGUCAAAGUUAACUUUUGAAAAUUUGGCAUAUUUAUUUUUUAUAGAGAUAACUUCAUUUCAUUCAUGUUUAUAAUCAUUCUACUUAUUGUGCCAUAUGUUAGUCAGCUUACAUUUUAGUUAUGGUAGCUCAAAACAUUUCUUUCUUUUUUUUCCCCAGACGAAGCCGUACCAGGAGCCGAACACCAAAACGAGACAGGUAAACAAAGUUUAAAACUUAAUCGUGAACCAGUAACAGAAACAUUGCAAAUCCCAUCUACAUGCAUAGGAGCCAAAAUGAUCAAUAAAUUGAUCGUGGGCCCUUAAGAUAUAGAAGAAGAAGAAGAGAUUGUACUGCGUAAUAUUUAUAAGUCCUUUCAGUAAUCUCAUCAUGAGAGGUCCGUUUUUAAAAAUGUUUUAUGAUAAUCUUUUAGCAAAGAUUUUAUUUACCUUUAUUUUUUAUUUACCUCAAAGGCAAUAAGUUAACAUUCAGAUGAUAGAUCAAUUAAUUUUUACACAUUAGAAAACAGGUUUUAACUCGGAUGCUCACUUUGAGAAUGAGAGCUGUCCCUUGUCUUUUGAGAAAACAUUAAAUCCCUUUCAGGGGUGUAUUGCUUAUUAAGAAAUUACUUUCAGUACCAAGCAAAGAGUAAAAGAGAAAUAGUUCUAUUUUGAGUAUAAGCUACUGACUUAAAAAAUAAAAAUCAAUCUUUCAUUCAGUUGUAAAUUAUUAAUUUUUACUGAUAAUUUAAGGGAAAAUGUGAAGUUGUGAUUAGAAUAAAUCUACAUUAGUAACAGAUACACCUGAGAAGUUUUCUAUGUCAAUUGAAUGCUCUUGGUUAGACCAGUCAGAUCUAUCAUCGUUUUUAUCUUCUGACCCAUCUGGGAAUUCAAAUUAUGUAAUCACUUUUAUUUAUAUUAUAAUUCUGCACCUGCUUCUGCAUUAAUUUCAACACAUACAACCAACAUUCUUGCAGUUUGAAGCGAUCUAGAAGGGCAUACCCCAUUAAGCUAAGAUCUUCUUCGUCAAGGAAGCACUAGUUUCAAAAUCAAAAUUGCCUUAAGUCUAGUCAAAUCAAGCAUACAUCCGCCAAACUCUUAAGGAAACAGAGCUUGGCAGUGCCUGUUUAUAAAUAGGUUCUUUUUAACUUUGUAAUAAGAAGGUUGCCUCCAAUGGACAAUGUUGUUUACUGCGGGAUUGGUCAAAUUUUAUUAUAGAUAAGUCGCAAAACAAGUUGUUAAAUCAUUGUUUUCAUUUAAAUCCAUUUAAUACAAUUCCAAUAAAGGAAUUCUGUGUUGAUUUUGCAAUCUAGAGGAGGGGGGGGGGGGGCGCCUCUCCAGCGUCAGACAUUAUUGCGGUCUUAAAAAUUGAGCGACUUUUACACCUCAUUAGUAACAAAGCAAGCCCUGAAAAAAGCACACAAACAUUAAGUUAAUUUAUAUUUCCCCUUUACUAAUGUACAUUAAAUAAUUCCCAUUUUUAAUGACUAUUUUGCUAGCGGCUGCCAAUUAUAUCUGCAUUGACACCACAAAAGGGAUUUAACAGCAGAUAAUGACAGUUACAGGGUUACAUCAAUGGACUGAGAAAUUACUGUUAACCUGCGUUUGAUAAUAAAUUCCCUUUGUUUUUUAAUUACAGGAGAACAUACAGCCGUUCAAGGAGUCGAUCUGCAUCUUAUGAUAGAAAAAAGGAAAAUGGGUAUGUUAAGUACGUAUACAAAAAUCAUUCUUAGAUUUUAAUUUUUUGGGAGCUUAAAAAUAAAAUCAUUUUUCUAAGUUUGAAGUGAUUUUAACAGAAUUUUUUAAAUGCCAUUGUAAUUGAAAUGGUCAUUAGGUCAUUAAUUAAAUCAAAUUUGAAUCGGCAGUUCUCGAAGUCGUUCAAAGACAAGAUCACCCGCAAAGUCUGACAAAGAGGAGAGAGAAGAGUCACCCACAGAAUAAUUUGUUCACAAAAGAUUUUAAUUCAUUUUCUCAUAUUCAUAUGUAUGUUUAACUAUAACCUUAACUCAUUUCAAUGGUUUUUAUUUUUACGAUUGUCAUCUUACUUCAUGUUUCACCUUGAAUUGUUAGGAGCCAUUUGAAAGAUUUCAAGUUUCCAAAAUAUAUUCACCCAACUAAAGUCAGUCAGUUUGAUUUGUAAAACUGUUCUAUAUUUCAGUUUGUAUCUGGCUCGAUCCUAAAGAUUUGAAGUUGAAUCAUGGUUUUAAGUCUGCUUCAAAUGAAGGACAAGAUAGUAAUGAUAGCUAAAAAUGUUUUUUUAUUUUGUAUAGAAAAGUUACAUCUUGACCAAAAAAAAAGAAUUUUAAUUUUUAAGAUUACAAAUGAGAAAAUACCAAUUAGAAAUUUGACUUUCAACAGGUCUUUCUAUACAAACACUUUGACUUAAAACACAACUUAAUUGUAAUGUAACAAAGUUGCAUUUUGAUUUUGUAAACCAUGCAAAAGUAAAUAAAGUGUUUCCUCAAUUUUUGUUUCAUUCAAAUGGUAAUUGUUUCAAAACAUGUGUACAUUAAAAAUAUUGCUGCCAAAACAGUGUUUGAGUUUGAACAAAGUUAAAUUAUUACAAUAAUUAAACUUAAACAUGUACAAAGGGUCAAGUCACCUUUCAAUCCUUGAAAAUUUCUUAAAGGAAAAAAAAAUCCCAUUUGUUAAAGCAAGAAUGGUUUACACAACAAAGACAUUACAACAAAGACAUUAUCAUUAU